GGUGGACGAAGAUUGGUCCGGGACAAGCGGCAGGGUCCCGGGCUGGAGGAGCCAGGUCUCCAGCCUCAGUUUCCUCGCUUGAGGCACUGCGGGUGCCAGCCCCGAUCAACGUUCUGUGUCCGCUGCCCGCGCCAGCGCAUCCUUCCGCACGAUGCUGCCGCCGCCACUGCUGCCACUGCCGCUGUCACUGCCACUGCUGCUGCCCCUGCUGCUGCCCCUGCUGCUGCUCCCUUUGGCGGUGGCCCUGCCCGUGUUGGCACUGCGCAGGGGACCCGAGGGGCAACGCGGAGCCUUCGUGCUCUGGCACUGGCUGGCACUGCGGGCCCUGCCCUGGGUGGCGGCGUGGCAGCGACGCCGGCUGGACGCGGACACGGCAGGCCUGCGUCGGAGCCAGGAGCGGGCCCUAAGGGCCAGUCUGCACCCCCACCCCGGGGACAGGAGUCCAGACCCAGACACUUUCCUGGAGCUGCACCGCGUGACCCGACCUGGCUCUGAUGCCUCCACUGGGGACGGGCACGGGGAGGGGGGCAGGGGAGGACUGGAGCCGCCCUCUCCCUCAAAUCCAUACAGCUCCCCUCUUCAGGCAACUCUGCUGGGCCUGGACGCCCUGGCCCGGGCAUUCCCUGGAGUCCUGAGACCGGGAGCCACAACCUGCCUGACCCCUGCCUCGCCCUGGCCCAGCCCCCUCCCCUGGCCCCUGGUGCCGCUUCUCCCCAGACCCUUGCCCACAGAUGGCCCGCGGGCCCUGCUGCUGGCCGCCCUGCGGACCCGGGGCCUGCAGGUGCUGGAGGCCCGGACAGCCUCGGAGCUCCUGGACGUCUUCUCCAGCCUGGUGUCCGGCCGUGAGCAGCUGCUGGAGGAUGUGGCUAGUGGACAGGGUCCCCCAGCAGCCACCCCCGCCCCCAUCCGGGCCACCGAGCUGGCGGCCGAGCUGCAGGGGGGCCCGGAUGGGCUGGCCCAGCGCCUCUGGCCGCAGCUGCGACUGGUCGUGGUGGGCGACGCCGGGGGGCAGGGCCCGGCUGCGGCCGUGUUGGGAGCCUCCUGGUGCCAGGGCUUGCGUCUCUACACUCCCGUCUAUACGGCGACUGGAGGUGUUUCUGGGCUGAACCUGUGGCCGGAACAUGUGGAGUGGGCAGAGCGGCCGAGGUACCUGCUGACCCCAGGACCCCCAUUCUGUGAGCCGCUUCAGGAAGGGGCAGGGGCCCCCUGGCUCCUGGGGGAGGAGUACGAACUGGGGAUGACCUCCGCCACUCUGGCCAGGUGCUGUCUGGGUGACGUCGUCCGGAUCGUGGACUUUUACAACCAGAGUCCGGUGGUUGAGUUCAUGCGCAGGCGGGCCGAGACGCUGAGUGUCCGCGGGGAAGCUCUGUCCGAGGACGGCUUCUAUCGGGCCCUGCUCCAGGCCACCGCGCUGUGGCCGGGGGCACGCCUGGUGGACUACUGCUGUGCCGAGAGCCGCCUUCUGGGUUCCCUCUCGGAUGGCUCUGCCCCCCAUUAUGAGGUGUUUGUGGAGCUGCGAGGCGUGCGGGAUCUGUCCGAGGGCCAGCGGGACAAGCUUGACCGCUGCCUCCAGGACGAGUCAGCAGCCUACAGGUCCCUGCGCUUCCGAGGCAGCGUGGGUCCCGCCCGCGUCCACCUGCUGGGGCCCGGGGCCUUCCAGCAGCUGAGGGGCGCCUUGCCCCCCACCCCCGCCCUGCCCAGGGUCCUGCGGCGCCUAGACCACGUCCAGCUCCUGCAGAGUCUGGUGGUGUCCUGAGGCCCAGACACGUACUCCUCGCUUGGGCCGGACAGCUGAGGCCUGAGAGGCCCUUUAGGCACAAACCCCCCUCCUCCUGCCUGCCUCGUGUGUGUGUGUGUGUGUGUGUGUGUGUGUGCUUGUGUGUGGGGAGGGGUCCUUGGCAGGGCUGAGCCCAGGACAGUGGGGGUGGGGGUGGGAGCCCCCGGCUCCUCCACCCCAACCCCCUCUCCUCCUAGAGCAGACACCGGAUUGCUCUUCCCUUUUUCAUUCAUUCAUUCAGUGGUAUUUAUGGAGCGCUUACAGUGUGCAGAGCACUGGACUGAGCACUUGG